AACUCCAUUUUGCUCUUGUAUACGUGGUACCGCAGAUAUGGGUGACAUUUAUUGGAGAGAUUACAAGGGAAGUAUCAGUGCAGACGCAGUUCCUACACAACAUGAUACAUACAUCGUUCAAGUAAUAUUAAAAAAUGGUGGAAAUGUUCCAGGAACACUAUACCCAAGUGAACAAGUUGCCUUCUCCGAAGAUGAAACAGGAAGGGUUAUAUUUAAAACUAAUAUAAAAUAUUUAUGUUCGUCUAAACCUAAAAAUUUCGAGUGGGUAUCCGUAAACACAAGCUCAUUAGAUGAGGGCUACUUGCAUAAUUGCGUUCCCGGUGGAUUCGAAAUCGGACGCACGCUUUACAUCGGAAAGAUUUUCCACCAGAAUGAAUGGAAGAUUGGUAAAGUGUUUCCGAAAAUCGAAACGAAGUAUCCAGGGCUAAGAGUUUAGAACAAUGAUGGAAGUCACUACAGCACACAAGAUUUCCAAAUACUGAAGUUUUUAUAAUUUGUAAUUUGAUUCAGUUUACUUUUGUGGCUAAGCUAUAAAAUGAAGUAAAUAAUUUCCAAAAAUAA